AUGAAUUAUAGAAAUAAUAUAAUAAAACAAUAUAAAAAUGAUAAAGAAACAUCAUGCAAUCAAACAAUGAUUGAACAUGAUAAUACAGAACCAAUUCUAAAUCGAAUUGAAAAUGUAAAAAAAAGCACAAGAAUUAAAUCAUCAAGAAGUUCAAAAUCUAGUUCAAAAAGUCGAUCGAAUUCGAAUCAACGAAGAAAUUGA